UGUGUGUGUGUGUGCAUUGUUUCUACUUACCUGUCUUUAUGUGUCACAGAAAGACGCGAAGUGCAGGAGCUCAGAAUAAAGCACAGAGGCAGAGAAAGGCAGGAUUAUACACAUGGCAGGUUAGAGAAAAGCACACGGAGAAGGAGAGGAUGGGAGGAAAAAGCGACAGAGAGAGGCUUAAGAUUACAGAGGCAAAAACCCUUUGUUGCGGAGUUCAGUUGUGAUGGACGGCUUAUGUUUAGGGAAAGAGUGAAGGAGUCCUUCAGUGUGCUACCAUAAAAUUUGCAGGAUCGCUGAGGAUGUUCUUCUUCACUGAUCAAACUUUUGUGUGACAAACAAGCAACCUGGACUUCAAGGAAGGUGAAGAAGAGAGUCAGAUUAUUGGAUGCAAUCCCAAGAUAGUAGGCAAAGGAGCCAAAGGAGGGGCAAUAACAAAAUCCCCAGUGAGGGCUAAUCAGGGGGGACCAGGUGACUGAGCCUUCAGGGUGAAUAACAAGUCAAACAGGAGUGAGGCUGGAUGAGAGAGCACUGUUCAUUGAGGGAGGGACAGGGUUAGCGUCAACUGCAGAAGUGAAGAUAAACAGUCUAGAUCAAAAUUAGUCUACUUGGGACUAAAGAGAGAUCAGGGCUGACUCAAGUCUUUGCCGCUUCUAACCUGAUUAGGCUUUGGAGAAGUAGUGGUCGAGGGGAGCCGGGAUACCAGGGGAACGUGAGAGCCAGCAAGAGAAGAAGAGGAAAGAAAGAAUUACAAGAGGACCCUUGGUGAAAGAAGCCUCUUAAAUCUGAGAGCUGGAAUUAGAGCCACAGAAACUGCAAAGGGAAAGCCACAAAACCACAGUGAAGAUGCCUGCUAACGGGAACCGCCCCUUGAAGUUGCAGUUUGGUCUGAUCAAUCAUGAGGGUCGCUACCUCACUGCUGAGACCUUUGGCUUCAAGGUGAAUGCGUCAGCACCGAGUCUGAAGAAGAAGCAGAUAUGGACUCUGGAGCAAGACUCCCAGGACACCCAGAUUGUCUACUUGCGCAGCCAUCUGGGACGCUACUUGGCCUCUGACAAGGAUGGCAAAGUCACUUGUGAGGCUGAUGGGCACAAUUCUGACUGUCGCUUCCUCAUCGUGGCACAAUCAGAUGGUCGCUGGGCUCUGCAGUCUGAGCAGCACCUGCGCUUCUUUGGUGGCUCUCGGGACUACCUGUCCUGCUUUGCUCAGGUUAUCACAGAUGCCGAGCUGUGGGCAGUACACUUGGCUUUACAUCCUCAGGCCAACCUACUAUCUGUGGCCCGCAAGCGUUAUGCCCACCUCUCUAUGGAGGAUGGGGAAAUCGCUGUGGAUGUAAACAUUCCCUGGGGGGUGGCAGCGCUCCUGACACUUGUCUACCUGGAUGGGAAGUACUGCCUUAAGACCUGUGAUGGCCGCUUUCUCAGCAAUGAUGGGAAGCUCUUGACGCAGAGUGGUAAGGCUACGGCGUAUACGCUAGAGCUGAAGUGCGGGAAGCUGGCCUUUAAAGACUGUGAGGGGAAGUAUUUGUCUCCCAUGGGGCCUACAGGAACCCUGAGAUCUGGACGGUGCUCUAAGCCAGGCAAAGAUGAACUGUUUGACCUAGAGGAAAGCCACCCACAGGUAGUUCUGAUGGCAGCCAAUCGGCGAUACGUCUCCAUAAGACAAGGAGUGAGCCUUGCAGCCAAUCAGGAAGACGAGACAGACAUGGAGACAUUUCAGAUGGAAAUUGACAAAGAAACCAGGAAGUGUACAUUCCGCACCAGCCAAGGGAACUACUGGGCUCUGGUGGCCCACGGGGGCAUCCAGAGUACUGCCACCGAAGUGUCAGCAAACACAAUGUUUUCAGUGGAGUGGUGUGGCCAGAAGGUGGCACUAAAAGCUAACAAUGGAAAAUACAUCUGCACCAAGAAGAAUGGCCAGCUGCUUGCUGUCAGUGAUUCCGCAGGUAAGAGGCCAGUUUGUUUUCCUUUGUCUUUUUCUGCUCUCAUCACUAAUUUACCUCCUCCCUCAAGCCCUGCUCCUGACUUGCGUCAACUUGUGUCUCCUCGGGUGUGUCAUCAUCAUUUGCUGUCAGGUGAGGAUGAGCAGCUCACUUUGAAGCUGAUCAACCGACCCAUGUUGAUCCUGAGAGGAGAGAACGGAUUCAUCUGCCACCACAGGAACUCCAACACACUGGACGCCAGCAGAUCAAUCUAUGACAUUUUCACCCUGCAAUUCAACAAUGGGGCCUACCAUAUUAAAGGUGUGGAUGGCCGGUUCUGGUAUGUGAACAGUGCUGGGCUCGUGUGCUCAGAUGGUGAAGUGCCUGAGGAUUUCUCUCUGGAGCUCCUGGAACAUGGCCGCCUCGCCAUCCGUGGAAGGAAUGGCAAAUACCUGCAUGGAGACCAGGGAGGCACACUGAAGGGAGAUGGACUCAGCCUGAGCAGCUCAGCCCUAUGGGAAUAUUAAUACAAUCCAAAACAGUCCCAAGCCAAGGCCUGACUCUGACUCCUUUCACUGUUAAGUUAAUUCUGUGGCAUUUUGAGGUGAAACACGGUUACUCAUCGGUGAAGAGCCUGUACUGAGGUGGCAACAGACAACUCAGAGAUAACCGACUCAAAUGGGGAGGACAAAGUGCAAGCAGCGGAACUGACCAGCCAAGAAACGUCUUGAUGAAGUGAACAACGUUUUCAAUCAGUUCUUGACCUCAAAACAGAAAAAAAAUAGUGUGAAUGAAAACUGAAGUUUUUGUGUUGUUCUUUUAGAUAUUUUCUUUCCAUUGAGCAUUUACUGCACAAUUUCUGUUCUGAAGCUGAACAACAGAUUUUUUUUGUUUAUCUAUGUUAAAAAAAACCAAUAAAAUAAUAAAAAAAUCCUCUUUCAAUAAAGACUUUUAAAUUUGUGCAGUAAAACCUAUCAUAGGCAUGACAUCCAGUCAGACUUUCUACCACUCCUUAUAGGCAAUAUUGACAGUACUAAUACAGGUGUGUAAUGACACUCAGUCUA